CAGAAAACAAACACAGCAAAAGAAGUAUAUACAACGCCACCUGGUGAGUGGAGGGUGGAAAUCCACGAUAUCGGACAGGGUAGGAGCCCCCCUUGCCUGAUAGGGACAGGGAGACAGAAGAAGCGGCUGGUUCCGCAGAGAAAAAAACCCUAUAAGACAAAGAAUUCUCUCUCUAGAAAUCUAAAGAGAAAGCGAGCUGCACUCAAAGCAGAGUGUGGGGUUUUUGAAAGAAUUGUAUACAAAAACAAAAACCAGCACAGAAGAAGCUCUUAUUUUCAGUAUCUCCUAAAGGUGAGACGAGAUUUGAGGCUUUUGCAAUCAGCCAAGUUGGAAGACAUACUGGGUUCCUGCUUUCAUGUUAUCACUGGAAGAAAACCUCAGCAAAAAGUGCAUUUUCUGGAAAGUUUGAAGAGGAGAAAAAGUGACUGUGGAGUACCUAAUUUUAUGGAGCGACUUCUGGGUGCAGCACGCAUACUAUCUCAGAUGGUUGAGCUAAUGCUGAAGGCAGCUACUGAGGUAUCCACUUUGCUUGCACGUUCUUUUUUUAUGGGAUUUUCUCUUACUAUUCUGGCUCUGCUUGCACGACUCAGAGUUUUGGUUCAGCAAAUAUUACUUGAUGUCGUUUCAGUAUUCAACAUGGUAUAUUCUCUCUCCCAAAAGAAGCAAUCGAUUAAAAUAACUAAGGAAGGAAUUGAGGCUUUUAGGGAGUAUUAUCCAACAAAUAAGGAGUUUGUCACUUUAGAGUGCAUAUGGGAGAGAGAUAAGUUUGUGUUACUUGAGACAAUACAAAAAAGCGAAAUAGAAAGUCAAGUUGGGGUUCAUGGAGAUACUUCCAUUGAAACAUCAGCUCUACGAUAUAAGAGUAUUGAGUCUUUUCUUGGAGAUGAUUCUGCCUUUGAGGAGUUGAACGAGCAUCCUGCCAAAGAAGGUUCUACUUACACCAAGGAAGACGAGAAGGAUUUGUUUCCUGACCCUUCCACUGAGAGAGAGAACGAGAAGGAAGUUGAAGGUGGUUUUGACCUGGGAGAUAAUCCAGAUGCAGGAACUCCAGAUGAAAAACUUCAACCAGAAGGUGACCUGCUUGCAACCUCAAGUUCAUCUCCAAGAUCAAAACCUUUGACACCAAAGUCCAGUGCGAGAUCGGUGACAUUUGUCUCGGUUAAAAGACCUGCGCCCUCAACAGCAGCAUUCAUCUCGGUUAAAAGACCUGCAAUCUCAACUGCAAAUAUAACAGUAACAGAUGUUCAUUCUGCAGAAUCUGAAAAGGACAGUGGCAACAAAGAGGAUUCGUUUUUCAAUUUGCUCACUGGGGGAAGCCUUAAAGAUAGUCUAUUCUGAAUUUCUUAUUUUGUGGAUCAAUCUUUUGAUUUAAAAGAUGUUUUAUACACACAUGCCAAAUUUUGCUUUAGAUUUAUUGAGGGGAGACUUCAUCAACUUGUACAUAUGAGGUUAAAGAGAAUUUAAUUUUUAUCCUUGUAAGUGAAACUAUCUGGAUGCAGAACAGAAACUAUCCCAGCUUAGCCAAAAUUAAUCUUUAACAGAAGGAAAGUUUUGCUCCA